AACACAAAUCAGAAACCAACCCGCAUCAUUGUCUACCGUGAUGGAGUAUCCGAAGGACAGUUUGCCGAAGUACUCCGAGAAGAGAUCCAGGGUAUCCGUUCAGCAUGCAUGAUUCUCUCACCAGAUUACCGGCCUCCUAUCACCUAUGUGGUCGUACAGAAACGUCAUCAUGCCAGAAUGUUCUGCAAAUAUAGUACGGACAUGGUUGGAAAAGCUAGAAAUAUCCCGCCUGGCACCACUGUCGACACCGGAAUCGUCUCGCCUGAAGGCUUUGACUUCUAUUUGUGUUCACACUAUGGCGUACAAGGCACUUCUCGCCCAGCUCGAUAUCAUGUCCUUUGGGAUGACAACAAUUUUAGCGCAGAUGAAAUGCAGGCAAUCACUUAUGGGUCAGUAUCACAACCUUUGAGCAGCUCAGAUGUUGAUUCUCAGCUUUAG